AUGGCUUUGUUCCAUCAUCCCCAAGCUGCAAGGCCAAAGAAGAGCAGUGCACUUGUGAAAACACUACAACUGACAAAGAACAAUUCAUCAGACUGAAAAAAGGAAAGAAAUGUAAAACGGUUUACAGCAAUAAUGUAAGACUUCGUAAAAAUGGAAAAGUCGUGGAGGCAGUUAAAUCUCACGUCAGGACUGAUGAGCUUGUGGUGCCACGUCAAGAACCAAAAAAUCCUGCCUGUAGUAAUCGGCCAAACAGUAUAACAGAUCAGCUGAUCACAAAGUUACCGCCAUGGAUGAAGGAACCGGAAUUCAUGAUGUACCCGAAACAUGAAAAAAUUCCACAUGUGGUACACCGAAAUGCUGAUUCUUUCUUCAGUACGUCAAGCGGUUUUACUAACUACAGAGGUCUUCUCAAUCUCUGCAUGAUACUUCUGAUUUUGUCCAAUGCAAGAUUAUUUCUGGAAAAUAUUAUUAAGUAUGGCAUUCUGAUAGACCCGUCCAUAUGGAUGAACAUGUACCUCAAAGACCCGGAGAGUUGGCCCAACAUUCUGCUUCUCCUCUCCAUCAAUAUUUUUAUCUUGAUUGCAUAUGUCACAGAAAUAUUUCUGGAAAAAAGUUGGUUAUCUGACAAUAUGGGAAUUGCAAUCAGUAUUGUCAACAACAUUGUUCUCUUGGUGUAUCCAGCCACAGUUGUCUUCCUAUUUCACCCCAAUCCAAUUUUCUCUGUGAACACAUUGGGCAUUGUGACUGUGAUUUUCCUCAAGUUGGUUUCGUACGCCUGUGUCAACAAUUGGUGCCGUAGUCACAGGAAGAACAGAACACUCAUACGUCGGAAGACAAUCAGUGUUUCUGAUGAAACUAGCAACUCAUCUAGUAAUAAAGCUAAUGGCAAAGUGGAGACCAAGUUGUGCUACCCGGACAAUCUCACACUUUCAGAUCUGUACUAUUUCAUCUUUGCACCGACCCUCUGCUAUGAACUGAACUUUCCACGAUCUGCAAGAAUUCGCAAGCGCUUCCUUCUCAAGAGGAUCCUGGAAAUGCUUUUUCUCUGCCAACUGAUGCUUGGUUUGGUUCAGCAGUGGAUAAUACCAACAAUAAACAACUCCAUGCAGCCACUAGCCGACAUGAACAUCAGCAAAGUGGUGGAACGAUUGCUCAAGUUAGCUAUACCAAAUCACUUCAUCUGGUUGAUAUUUUUCUACUGGUUUUUCCACUCGUGUUUGAAUGUCUUGGCAGAGUUGCUGCGAUUUGGAGAUAGAGAAUUCUAUAGAGACUGGUGGAAUGCUGAAACGGUGACUGACUUCUGGAAGAGUUGGAAUAUCCCUGUGCACAGAUGGGCCACACGUCACUUGUACAAGCCCAUGCUGAGGCGAGGUAUCUCGAAGAUUAAAGCUGCCAUAGCUGUCUUUUUUGUCUCCGCUUUUUUCCAUGAGUAUUUAAUGAGUAUUCCACUGCACAUGUUCAGAACUUGGGCUUUCACCUCCAUGGUAAUGCAGGUUCCACUAGCAAUAGUAACGGCCAAGUUUUUGUCUGGGAAAGGUGGAAACAUCGUGGUAUGGCUGACGCUUAUCUUGGGACAGCCAGUGGCAAUACUUGCAUACGUCCAUGACUAUUACGUCCGAAAUGUUGGAACUCUUCAUGAUCAGACAUUUUCUAUCAACUAAAUGUGAUAUUAUUGCCAUGCUUACCUAUCACAACAAUUGUACAUGAUGAUUUUAUGUUAUAAAUGAUGACCAAGCCAACUUUACUGAUUUGUUGUCCACACUGUUGAUUGUCUAUGUGCUCAAAUAUUAACCAAAUGAUCAAAUUUUGCUCAAAAGUUUAUCUUGCCAAAACAAACUGCUAUGAAGGCUGUUCUGUGAAUUAUCAUAUAAGUUUGUUAGAAGUAAUAGGUUUUUUUUUUUAUAUUCACCACAGUGUUUAAGAUGGUCAAACAAUAUUUAACUUUGAUAACAUUUACUAUAAAUCCUUGCAUAGAAUCCUAGGCUUGUAUUUUUUUCACAAUGCUCUAUUCAAAGCAGGCUUCUAAUUUUGUUCAUGCAGAAUUAUAAGCUUUUGAUGUCCUGCAAUGGAAGUGAGGAGUAUACCACAGUCAUUAAUCUAACAAAGCUAGAAUAGCGAAAAAAGGCCUUUAUGUAAGGCAGGCAUCUAUUCAAGGCAGGCCUAUAUUGUUUUCGCAAUGCUAAAAAUGUGUAGCCAAAUUCCCCCUUUCCAUAGCCAAGUAAACAAGUGCAUAUUAAACAGGUGAAUUGUUGAAUUAAUGGGUCAGGAUUUAGCUUACAUGUAGUCGGUUGAGUGCUUGCUUGAGGUGCUUGCGUCGCAAGAUCGAAACCACCUCAGUGGAUCCAUUCAGCUGAUUGGAACUACAACUGGACAAAGGCUGUGGUAUCUGCUUUCCUGUCUGUG